AUUGACGUCUGAGCUCUCCCAACUCUUCGGGCCUGGCUGGGGUCUGAGAGAGGGAGUGACCUCGAGGAGGCCCGCGAGAGUCUUCCUCCUUUACUUCUUAUUGGUCCAGCUCCGCUGUCAUUCGGGAGCGAGGGGAAGUUUGCUUCCUGAUUGGUGAAUUCCGUUUGGCGCCAACUAGGAAGGGGGCGGGGCGGCGGCGUUCCUGGUUGUGCAGCAAUUAACGCUAAGGCCACUUUGGUGGUGAGGGAGGUCAGGGUUGCUUCUCUGCUUGUCGGGGACGGAGCACGGAGGGAGAAAAAAGUGAAAAAAGAGUUAGUUAAUCGGGGUGGGGGGGGGGGGGUCGCCUCGAGACCCUCGCCCCGCGGAGUUUGUUUGGAUUUAAUCGUGAGGUUGCAGGCGCCCGCCCGCCUGCGGCCUCGCGGGGCCUAAAGGGACGCACCGGUGCUGGUGGCCGGCGCCUGCCGAGUCCCCGACGCUCGCCCGUCCGCGCCGGUGCCCGUGGCGGCCGCGUCUCUGAACCGCGCGGUCGUGUUUGUGUUUGACCCGCGGGCGCUGGCGGCGUGGCACGCGGCUGAAGCCGGUGCCAGCGGGGCGGGGCCCGGCGCAGCGGAGGCGGAGGAAGACGGAGCGGGAGUCCGGGCUGGCCCGGCGGCGCCAUGGAACUGGGCCCGGAGCCCCCCCACCGCCGCCGCCUGCUCUUCGCUUGCAGCCCCACGCCUGCGCCGCAGCCCACGGGGAAGGCACUAUUUGGCGCGUCGGCUGCUGGCGGACUGUCCCCUGUCAACAACCUGGCGGUCACCAUGGACCAGCUAGAAGGGCUGGGCAGUGAGUAUGAGAAGCCAAUGGAGUUGAGAAACAGCAGCAGUCUACAGAGAAUGGGUUCCUCCGAAUCAACCGAUUCAGGUUUCUGUCUAGAUUCUCCUGGACCCUUGGACAGUAAAGAAAACCUUGAAAUUUCCCUGAGGAGAAUCGAUUCUUUACCUCAGAAACUCUUGGGAUGUAGCCCAGCGCUGAAGAGGAGUCAUUCUGAUUCUCUAGACCAUGAUAUCUUUCAGCUCAUCGACCAGGAUGAAAAUAAAGAAAAUGAAGCAUUUGAAUUUAAAAAGCCAAUAAGACCUGCAUCUCGUGGCUGCCUCAAUGCUCAUGUACAUGAGGAGAGUAAAGAUCUCUUCACACACAGGCAGAACUCAGCCCCAGCUCGCAUGCUGUCUUCAAAUGAAAGUGAUAAUAGUGAAUCAGGAAAUUUCAGUCCUCUUUUUACAUCCCAGUCACCUGUGAAAGCCACUUUGUCUGAUGAGGAUGAUGGUUUCAUAGACCUUCUUGAUGGAGAGAAUCUGAAGAAUGAUGAGGAGACUCCUUCAUGCAUGGCAAGCCUCUGGACAGCUCCCCUUGUAAUGAGAAGACCAACAAACCUUGGCAAUCGGUGCAGGCUGUUUGACUCCCCUUCCCCGUGCAGCUCCAGCAGCAGCUCCAGCACUCGGUCAGUGUUGAAGAGAACAGAACGAUCUCGUGAAGAGUCUCCUCGAGGAAGUACAAAGCGGAGGAAGAGCAUGUCCAGUCCUGUAAAGGCAGAUAUUCUAGAGCCAACCCAAGAGCUUCUACACCAGUCUUUAUCCCUGACAUCUUCACCCAAAGGAACCAUUGAGAACAUUUUGGACAGUGACCCAAGAGACCUUAUAGGGGAUUUCUCCAAGGGUUAUCUCUUUCAUACAGUCUCUGGGAAGCAUCAGGAUUUGAAGUAUAUUUCUCCAGAAAUUAUGGCAUCUGUUUUGAAUGGCAAGUUUGCCAAUCUCAUUAAAGAGUUUGUCAUCAUUGACUGCCGAUACCCAUAUGAAUAUGAAGGAGGUCACAUCAAGGGUGCUGUGAACUUGCACAUGGAAGAAGAGGUUGAGGACUUCUUACUCAAGAAACCUAUCGUACCUACUGAUGGCAAGCGUGUCAUUGUCGUGUUCCACUGUGAGUUUUCUUCUGAAAGAGGCCCUCGGAUGUGCCGAUAUGUGAGAGAAAGAGAUAGGCUUGGCAAUGAAUACCCCAAACUCCACUACCCUGAACUGUAUGUCCUGAAGGGAGGAUACAAGGAGUUUUUCCUGAAAUGCCAGUCUCACUGUGAGCCCCCCAGUUACCGACCAAUGCAUCAUGAAGACUUCAGAGAAGACCUGAAGAGGUUCCGCACCAAGAGCCGGACCUGGGCAGGGGAAAAGAGCAAAAGAGAGAUGUACAGUCGCCUGAAGAAGCUCUGAAGGCAGGCAGCAGUGGCAGCCUGAGCUUCUCUCUGACCCGUCCCUUUCCCUUUGCCGCAGAGCAGUAGGCAAAGGAGCCAACUGCGGUACGAGGAGAAAGACCUGGGCCUUCCAUUCCUUAAACCUACACUCCAGGUUGGAGCCCAGGGCAUCCUGUUGUUCCGCUCUUCUGUCCUGUAAGACUCCUUCCCUGUCAGGACUGUCUGCCUAAGCUGGACACGCCACAGUGCAGACCGGAGUCUGUAGUCUCGAACACCGAGUCAAGCUACUCUGAUUGAGCAUCCCAUGAAGAAGUGGCUGGAGCCUUCUUGGGCAGACCCUGGCCUCCUGUCAUGAGGGGAGAGAUGUGACAAAGAGUGCUGCUGGCCAAAUACCAAAGAUAGGCUGGAAGGGAGAGGACCUUGUGGAUGACCCAUAGCUUAAUUUAUUCAGCUUCAUCAAUUAUUUUAUUUUUUUUAAUUCCUCGAGACUUUUACUUUACUGCUUCAUUAAAUCAAAAUACUGCCAUUUUAGGUAGAGUUUAUCAUCCCAGGAACUACCUCUACUUUUAAUUUUUAAAAAAACAUUGGGCCAGGGAUAAGAAAGGCAACCUGUUGAGUUGUGGCCAGCGCUAGGAGCUCAGGCACCCCUAGGAGGCGCUGUGGACUGGGAUUGCUGCUACUCAAAGCCAAGGACUGAGAUGCUGGUAAGAGCCUGCACCAGACCCAGGCUUGGCUAUAGGACAUAAGCUAACCUUCCCAGACCUACCUCUGUCCUUUUUGAUGUCCUUGGGAAAGUUUUGUCUCCAUCCUCGCCCCAGGACCCCAUGAUGGUGGCUGGUAUAAGAGUCACAGGAAAGCACUUCAGGCAGCUUCCAUCUGGCCACCCCCAGGCCAGGGUUGGAAUGCUGUAGUGUAGGUACCCCAAGGUGAGAGUGGGAAGGAAUGAAUGGAGUCCACGGGGUGAGGGAGGAGCAUGCCCACUGAAUGUCCUUUCAGAAAAAAAAAAAAGUCGUUUUAUGAGUUGAGGGAUAUCAAAUCAGUGUUAGGUGGGUACUCAAGGGUGAGAGGGGUCCAGAAGUCCAGGCCAUUAGGCGGAAGGAGGGGGUCCUGGUCUACAAAUGACUGUAGAAUUUCUCAGGAGGGAGUGGUAAAUAUUGAAGUAAAAUGUUGUGGGUUUAUCAUGUUUUAAUUUGAAUCACACCAGUUACCCCCUUAGUCUGACCCCGUGGGAGUGAGGCUCUCCAGGGAGCACUCCCAUCUGAGGAGCUGGGCUGCUCUAAUUCUGUGCAGCCUGUUUUGGUGCCUGUUCAUCGAUGCCCUCGGGCAUCCAUCUCCUGCUCCUGUUUGCUCCACUGGGGUCUAGCCAGGUUCUCCUAGGAAGUCUCCCUCUUGCCUCUGCUUUCAUCUGGGGGUGGGGAGGGAAUCAGUGGCAUUGAAAGUGGCUGAUUGCUUUGUUAUGGGUUUGAGUUGCAUUUGGCUAUAAAACAAAUCUUGUUGGAAAAAUAUGUGGAGAACAAGGGAAUGAGCGGCCCCUUCCCCAGUGUUCAAAUAUGUCCCAAUUGGUCUCUGGUCUGGUUUGUAGAGAUUCUGUUAGUUGAAUGCCUUGGAAGAGAAUGGCUUUUGGGUUGUACCAGCUUAGUUAGCACUGUUAACCAACUGUUGCAGGCUCUGCAAAUAAAAGUGAUC